CAUAUAUGCUGCCAUACCCUUAUUCUUGCAAAGUUUAGAGUCAAUCUUUUUCACAUAUCAAUUUUACUAAAUCACAGCGUUUUGUUAUUUACAAACGGAAAUACCUGCAUAGUUAGUGUAAUUUGAAGUCUGUGUACAAAAAUAGCCAGUUAAAUGGGAUUGUGCGGAAUAAAUAGUAACAUUUAGUGUAAUAGUGAGUUUUAAUUGAUUAUAUUUAUAAAAACAUUCAGCUACGUGACUGAACUAUAAAUGCAUCUAACUUAAUUAACGCAACAGUUAAACACCUUAUAUAUAUGUAUUUGAACAGUUUUAUCCUGGUCUAAUUAUAUGAUUUUUUUUACAUAUAUCCUGGACAAGUUAAUACAUUAAACGCACACAUAAACAAGGUAAUUAAAUCGUCGUCAGAAAUAAGGUGAAAUAAGCAACAAAAGUAAUUAAUUGAUAACCGAUAUUAUCUUUGUCAGCAGGUACUUAGUCAUUCAUAAAUUAUAUAGAAACACAGCUUCUUUCUAAAAAGAAUGCAAUUGCCUUUUAAUUCAUAGGUUUAUGCAGGAGGUCUGAAAUAAAAAAAGCAACGUCAUUUGGUAAUCAAAAUAUACAAUUGCCCGCAAAGAAAUCAUCAAUUACCUUUAAAUAUUGCAGGCAUGCCUUGGAUACCAAAAAUAAAUGGAGGCCAAUUAUGGGUAAGUACUAUAAAAGGAGGGCUUCGAAGAACUUCAUGAACCAUUCAUCCACAAGAGAAAGAAACAAGUAGAUCAUAUCCAUAGGUCAUCUUUAUCAAGUAAGAAAAAUACCUUUUUUUAACGAAAGUCCUUUGCUUUUCAAAGAAUUAAUAUCACGCCGCUACAGCUGUACCAUAAUACAUUAUUUAAUAUAAAUCCAUUUCUAGAAAGAAGAUGCUGUCUAAACGAGUAUCAAAGAAAAAAGGCUCACCUAAUAUGCUGCAUAGCGCAUGGUAUAAGCAAAACAGGAACCCAUACAACGAAAAAACCAACCCAAAAGGCAUAAUUAAUUUGGGAACAGCUGAAAAUAGAAUAGUUUACGACGUGGUUAAAGAAAAAAUGAAUUCUGUCAAGGCAUCUGACAUUCCAGAAAAAUAUACUCAUUAUUGCAAACUCUCUGGAACUGACGAGUUUCGAGAUAAGUUAAAUACUUUUUUCACGAACAAUUUCAAGCCUUCUGUCAAGCUUCAAAGGGACGACAUUUAUGUGAUGAAUGGCUGUGGAACAGUCAUUGAAGCUCUUGGAUAUUCACUCUGUGAUGAAGGUGAUGGUGUACUUAUUCCUGCUCCAUACUACUGUGGAUUUGAAAGUGAUUUGGAGCAAAGAAUUGGCGUUAAAACAUAUCCUGUGCAUUUAGAAAGUAAAUCUCUUCAUCAGGUGAAACCGUUUCAGUUAACAACUCAACUGCUCGAAGAAGCAUUUAUCAAAGCUGAAGAAGAAGGAAUUCACAUCAAAGCACUUCUUCUAUCUAAUCCAAACAAUCCACUUGGAAUCAUAUACACUGAAGAAGAACUUGAAUCGUAUAUCACCUUUUGCAGUCAGUAUAACAUUCACCUUAUUUGCGAUGAAAUAUACAUGAUGUCUGUUUACGAUGAAAACGUUGAUUUCAAAAGCGUUCUUUCUCUGAAAAGUUACCUAAAACACAGUGAUAAGAUUCAUGUUGUAUGGGGCUUUAGCAAAGAUUUCGGAUUGUCUGGAUUUCGAUGUGGCAUUGCGAUAACGAAAAAUGUGGAUUUACAAUCGGCUUUAACAUCUGUUGGUUACUACACUAGUGUGCCUACUGCAACACAAUACAUUCUGGAAGAACUGAUCACAGACGAAACAUGGUUAAAUAAACUGAAGUCAAUCAAUCAUUCUCGACUAAGAAAGUCUCGCGAUCUUGUCACUCAGCAUUUACAGAAAUGGGACAUUCCAUACAUAUACCCGACAAGUGGCUUAUUUCUUUGGAUGAACUUAUCCAACUAUCUCUUAAGCGACGACAAACAAGCAGAAGUAGAUAUGUUUAAUAAGUUAAUGAACCACGGAUUAUACUUAGUACCAGGAUUUGCAUUUGAAUGUAUCGAACAUGGUUGGUUUAGAAUCAUAAUUGCGCAUGAAUUGGACAUUCUCCAGACUGGAUUAGCUCGAUUGAAAGAUGUGUGUAUACAAAACAAUAAUAUUUCACCUGUAAUUUUAACAGGUAAUAAGCGUUCUCUUACAUCAAAUGAGUUUUUUCUUAAUAAAAAGAUUAAGCAAAAGAAUUACCUAACAGACAUUAAUGGAAACAGGAUAUAG